AUGAAAGCCGUAGCGGCGGUGGCUGCGAUCGCUUUGCUGCUCAGACAGAGCGCUCAGGUGUUCGCCUUGAGAAACGCCAAGGGGGAAUUCACCUGGUUAGGCAGGACCCCCGAUGAACGGAUCGUGCCCAACAGGAUAGAAAAUUACAAAAAUGAGGUGGAGGCGCAGCAAAAUGACAAACUCACAAAUGAAGUGGACUAUCAGCUGAACGAACUGAUAGACGUGAUGCGUCUCGUGGGAGACACACAAGAAGAGCAAAAAGGGAAACUGCAUAACUUGUCUACCUCAUUAGAAGUGACGAAAGAUGCGCUCAUGAAAAUGUUAAGUGAAUAUGAAAAUAGAAUCGACCAGUUAGAAUACACCAUUAUGGAGAGCAAAAAAUAUGACCCAUAUAGGGAGAGAUUUAAUUACCCUAUAUCUAAGUAUUGGCUUCAAGUGGACUUGCUUAACUUUAAAUCGUUAUGGAAGUACCUGAAGAGGAAGCAUUUCACCUCAAUCGUACAGCCAGUCGAAAUGACAAAUGUAAAGUACCCAUCAUCCAUAAUGCUCCUAAGACACCACGUAAUUGCUGAGGGGUUCGUCAACGUCGAGGUGGUCCAGAAGGCUUCUUCCCUCCAACCCCAAAUAAACCAGUCAGCUGCUGGUAUCGUUUUCGAUUUUGUAGAUGCUCACAAUUUUAGGUUCGUCCAAUUGUCCUUUUUGAAUGGGCAGGCGGUUCUCUCCGUGGAAGAGGUGACCGGCUCCCUCCACAGCAAAAUACUUUCCAAAGGAGUCGAGGCAGACAGAAACGACUUCAACACUUUGAUGUGCGAAUUCGUGUCGAGCAAAAUGAACGUCUUCUUAAACUACAAAAAGGUGAUGGAGGUGGAUUUCGCCGAUAGAGGGAUAAGCGGGAAUGGAGGAGGAAGCCCUACCAUGUAUGGUGAUCGACCGUUUCGAAGUGGUGCGAACCGGAAGGUGGGCCUCUUCACCAAAAGUGGGACUGCAGAAUUUAGAAACUUCCUCACGGGCACCCUCCAGUUUGAACAUCUCCUAAAGCAUGCUCUGGUAACCCCAGACAAGAAAGACAUCUCCACAGCAUCGGUGGCAAAUUCUUACCGUUUCUCCAAUAGGGAGAGUAGAGAUGACCUCAGUGUAUACACCAUACCUUAUAGCAGCAGAGACUACGACGAUUAUGAGGAGGAAGAACAAACCGAUGAUGUUUAUCCCACCCCCGAAUGGAAUUCGCAUUACGAUGAUGUGAACGUGUCGGGACAUGCCAAAGGGGUUACCAUCCCUAGUGGCUCCCCCAACGAAAUGGCGCUCAACUCCUGUGAGGAGUAUAGGGGAAAAAAUUUUAGCCUAACCGAUUGGAUAAGCGAUAGUAGAGAGGCCUCAAACAACUGGAAAGUGCUAUCCCAGUUUGGAAUAAAAAGAAUAAUAUUUCGCAACAACUACAAAUCUGCUGUGGUCAACUCGGCACUGAUUUAUAGAAAGAACUUAUGUAACUCGAUCAGCAUAUCUUCCUACAUUAAAAUCGAAAACGAUACGGAAGCGGGACUCCUCUUUAGAUAUGACAAUAGGGAUAGCAUGUACACAUUAACCAUUUCAAGUACUAAUAGGGAAGCCAUUUUGAAGAAGAAAAAAAAUAAUAUCGAAACGGUCCUAAAAAAUGCCUAUGUAAAAAGCAUCAAUUCGUUUCAAAGGCAUCAUUUGCUCGUCAGGGACACGGGCGAAAGGGGCAACCUCAGCGUAUCCCUUGAUGGCGUCCAAUUGUUUUCUCUGCGCGGGGAGAAUUAUUUCAACUCUGGCAGAGUCGGUUUUUUCGUUGAGCACGGCCACGCCGCGUUCGACACGUUCAAAGUUGAGCAGCUCGCGCAGGGCGCGGAGAAAAAUCGCUCCACGCUUGAAUAGGCACAGAAAAAAGAGGAAAAAAAAAAAAGAAGAAAAGGAGGGACUCCCAACAUUUGGGUAGAUACCGCUCACCCUUCAUUCUUCCAAUGAGCAGGUACGCACGUGCCGCUCCACAAUUCUCUGAUGAGCAUGUUACCCCGGCAUAGCGUUCGAGGUGCUCGUUUUGUUCCCAAUUUGGGGGGACGCUCAUCCGUUCUGGUGACCAUUUGUCGAGAGUAACUCUCUCCCACGUUGCAUCCUCACUGACUGCUUCACUUUGGUCUCCC